AUGGCAGAAUGCAUUAAUAGGUCAGCAGAACUUCCUAAACAAGACUGUACAAGCCCCAGCCCGACAGAAACCGUCUGUUUGGAGUCCCUAUGCGCUGAAAAUAUCCCCGGUACAUCUCAGAGUAACAUCGAACAGUCGCUGAUAUCUCACGGCGACUUCUACAAUAUCGAGGAGGUCGAGAAAUUAGAGAAGAGCAACUUUUUAAACGAGUUAGGUCUCAUCCAAGAAGAUGAAAACGACGAUGUAGAAGAGAUCGACGAUGAAGACGAUGAGAAUAGAGACGAAAGCUGGGAAGACUGUUUAGAUCAAGAAUUCCUCGAUGAUCCCGAUGAUUUAAGUAGCUGUGAAGAGGUGAUUAACUAUAGUGCCAGUCAAUCGAAUACUCCUAAAAGUUCGCAUUUGAAGAGAAGUCAUUCUGGUUCAAGUGAAAGAACUUUGCGUAAGCGUAAGUUGGACGUCAAUAAUGCGCUGCCAUGUAAAAAGAUCCAAUCAGAUUCGCCAACGAUGUUCGGUAAUGGCUCUUCUUUUCUCUCGACGACUGGUUCCUCUGCUUCUCAAUCGCCCUCGAAUUGCUCGGUCACGCCUUCGGGGGCCCGAUCGCGCGCCAUCAUACCCACCAAGGACAAUCCGCCGCCGGAUUUGUCCAAUUGGCUGUUGCAAUUCCUGGCCUGGUCCAACGCCGAACGGAUCAUGGCCAUCAACGAACUGAUCGAUCGAUGCGAACCCACCCAAGUCAGGCACAUGAUGCAAGUUAUCGAGCCGCAAUUCCAGCGCGAUUUCAUAUCGCUGUUGCCGAAAGAGCUGGCACUGAACGUGCUGUCCUUCCUCGAACCGAAGGACCUCCUGAGGGCCGCGCAGACCUGUCGAAGUUGGCGCGUCCUGGCCGAGGACAAUCUGCUGUGGAAGGAGAAGUGCAAGCAGGCCGGCAUCGAGGAGGUGCCGAAGAAGAGGAUCGCUUCGAGGACACACACCACCCACAUGUCCCCUUGGAAAGCCGCUUUCAUGCGCCAGCACACCAUCGAAAUGAACUGGAGAUUGAAGCCCAUCAGACCGCCGAAGGUGCUGAAGGGGCACGACGAGCACGUGAUAACUUGCCUUCAAUUUUGCGGCAACAGGAUAGUCAGCGGUUCGGACGAUAAUACAUUGAAGGUUUGGUCGGCGACCACGGGAAAGUGUUUGAGAACUCUCAUCGGACAUACCGGCGGCGUUUGGUCGUCUCAAAUGUCGGGAAGCACCAUCAUCAGCGGCAGCACGGACAGGACGCUGAAAGUCUGGGAUGCCGAUACCGGCGUUUGCAUACACACUUUGUACGGGCACACUUCUACCGUGAGGUGUAUGCAUCUGCAUGGCAAAAAGGUUGUUAGCGGUUCGAGGGACGCUACGUUGAGAGUAUGGGACAUCGAAACUGGCGAGUUUCUGCACGUGCUCGUCGGCCACAUGGCCGCUGUGCGUUGCGUACAAUACGACGGUAGGCUCGUGGUGUCGGGAGCCUACGAUUUUAUGGUUAAAGUUUGGAAUCCGGACACCGAAGAGUGCCUGCAUACGUUGCAAGGACAUACCAAUAGAGUUUACUCGCUACAGUUCGACGGCGUGCACGUCGUGAGCGGCUCCUUGGACACGAGCAUUAGAGUGUGGGAGGUGGAGACCGGCGCCUGCAAGCACACGCUGAUGGGCCAUCAAUCGUUGACGUCGGGCAUGGAACUGCGAAACAACAUAUUGGUAUCCGGCAACGCCGAUUCCACCGUCAAAGUUUGGGACAUCGUGACCGGACAAUGUCUACAAACUCUAUCGGGCGCUUACAAGCACCAAUCGGCCGUGACCUGCCUCCAGUUCAACACGCGCUUUGUGAUAACCUCGUCCGACGACGGCACCGUGAAGUUGUGGGACGUGCGCACCGGCGAGUUCAUCCGCAAUCUGGUAUCGUUGGAGAGCGGCGGCGCCGGCGGCGUCGUGUGGCGCAUCCGGGCGAGCGAUACGAAGCUGGUGUGCGCCGUCGGCAGCCGGAACGGCACCGAGGAGACGAAGCUCCUGGUGCUCGAUUUCGACGUCGACGCGACGAACGGCGGCGGCGGCGGCGGCGGCGCCGCGAUCGCCUCUAGGUAA